AUGCGUGUCCCCGGGGAACCCCCUCCCAGCAGGCGCUGUCACGUGCGCACCCCGCCUCAGGGGCCCGGAGCCGGCUCCUCCUGCAGUCGGAGGAGGAGGCCCAGGCAUCGCCAGGUCCCCAGCCGCUUGCCAGUGCCCACAGAGUGCACAGUAGGGGCAGCGCCUCCGAACUUUCCCGCGCAGCACAGGGUCGGGGGAGCGGGCCGAGCUGCGUGCACAGAGCUCUGCUGGGCGCAGGAGGGAGCGCGCGCCCCCGCGCACGAGCCUGCGGCCCCGAAGGGCUCGCGUGGGGGCGCCGUGGGGGAGCGCGCACGCUGUCAGCAGAGGCGGGCGCCCGGCCGCCCGCCGGGCGCGCGGGGACCUUACCGAGUGCGGGGACAGGUGUCGCCGCUGGGCUGCGCCCGCCGAAGGAGAGCAAGAGGCGGAGGAGGAGUGGAGGCGGCGCCGCGCUCCCCACGCUGCUGGGGGUGCCCGGCCGUGCGCGUCCAGGGCCGGGCGGCAGCUAAGGCGCGGGUUGCGCGCGACGGGCACGGGCCGCGCGCGGACAUGGAUGAGUCCUCGCUGCUGGACCUGCUGGAGUGCGCCGUGUGCCUGGAGCGCCUGGACACCACCGCCAAGGUUCUGCCCUGCCAGCACACCUUCUGCCGCCGGUGCCUGGAGAGCAUCGUGUGCUCGCGCCGCGAGCUGCGCUGCCCCGAGUGUCGCAUCCUGGUGGGCUGCGGCGUGGAUGAGCUGCCCGCCAACAUCCUGCUCGUGCGCCUGCUAGACGGCCUGCGCUGUCGGCCCCGAGCGGGCUGCGGUCCUGGCCCUGGCCCUGGCCUGCCUGCGCCCCCUGGCCCCUCAGCGCCUCUAGGUGCUCCCUGCGGGCCUGCCGCGGGCAGAAGUGCCACAGCGGCAAAGAGCCUGCCUCAACUCCCGUAUGGCAAGGCUCUCUACAGCUACGAGGGGAAGGAGCCUGGGGACCUCAAGUUCAACAAGGGGGACGUCAUCAUCCUGCGGCGCCGGGUGGAUGACCACUGGUUCCACGGAGAGCUGCACGGCACCCGGGGCUUCCUCCCAGCUAGCUACGUCCAGUGCCUCCGACCCUUACCACAGGCCCCGCCCCAGGGUACUGCACUGUACGAUUUUGAGAUGAAGGACCAGGACCAGGACCAGGACUGCCUGACUUUCACCAAGGAUGAAGUUCUAACUGUGAUCCGCCGUGUGGAUGACAACUGGGCGGAGGGCAUGCUGGGAGACCGGAUUGGGAUCUUCCCCUUACUGUAUGUGCAGCUCAACGACUCUGCCAAGCAGCUCAUUGAGAUGGACAAGCUGUGCCCAGCUGCUGCCGCGGCAUCCAGCUGUACUGCUCCCUUGCCCUCGGACCCUGGCUUGGUGGCUGGCUCAGGCCCGGGCCCCUCAGUGGGCAGUUCAGGGGCUGUCAGUGCCUUUCAGCGGCGCAUGGACAGUAAGAAGAAUGCCAAGAAACGCCACUCCUUCACGGCGCUCAGUGUGACACACAAGUCCUCGCAGGCAUCCACCCACCGGCACUCCAUGGAGAUCAGCGCCCCUGUGCUCAUCAGCUCUAGUGACCCCCGAGCUGCAGCCCGAAUUGGGGAGCUUUCAGGCCUGCCCUGCUCUGUGCCUGCCCAGGACCCCUGCCUGGCUGGACCUGUCCCCACAGCUGUCCCUCGAGCCUCUGGAGUGGCUGGAGAGCAGGGCACAUCUUCUAAAGUCCCGCUGCCCCUGAACGUGUACCUGGCCCUCUACGCCUACAAGCCUCAGAAGAACGAUGAGCUGGAGCUGCGCAAGGGCGAGAUGUACCGAGUGCUGGAGAAGUGCCAGGACGGCUGGUUCAAGGGCGCCUCGCUGCGCACGGGGCUCUCUGGGGUGUUCCCCGGGAACUACGUGACUCCUGUCUCCAGGGCUCCUGGAGGAGCGGCUGGGCCACCCCGGAGUAGUGUGCUCAGCGGGUCUCCUCUGGCCAAGGGCAUGGCCACUACUAUGCACCCUGGAGGCGGAAGCCUGAGCAGGCCGGCCCUGCCCCUCACCACACCACAGGCCCAAGCCCCACUUCCGGCUGGUUCCCCUACGGCAGGCAGCUGUCCCCGCCAUACAACCCAACCAACCACUGGCCAAACACGGGGAGCUCACUCUGCAGCCACCCACUCCUCUCCCCAGGCCCAGGAUCGACCAACUGCCACCGUGACACCCCUGCGCACUCAGAGCUCCCCAUCCCGGCUGCCUGCUACCAGCCUGAGGCCCCGCUCCGUGGUGUCCCCACAACAUGGCCAGCAGUGCCUAGGUCAGAUGAGUCCCCGGCCAGCCAUCGCCCUGACCUCUGCCACAUCAGCUGUCACACCACCCAGUGUCAGCACCACCAGCCUCAGUGGGGACAUCGGUGUUGGUGGGGGCCUGUGCACAUCUAGCCCCACUGGCACAGGGUGCAGACUGGAUGACAAGAGGGGUGAGAAGAAAGAGAAGAAGAGUGGGCUGCUGAAGCUUCUGGCUGGGGCAUCCACCAGGAGGAAGUCGCGUUCCCCACCGUCCUUCUCCCCAACCCAUGACCCUCUGGUGACCACAGACACCUCGCUGCUGGGAGCCGUGGGCCCGGAGGUGUCCUCCCUGUCUGUGCACAGCAGGGCAGGCUCCUGCCCCAUCGAGAGCGAGAUGCGGGGAGCCAUGGGGCUGGAGCCACUGCACAGGAAGACAGGCUCCCUGGAUCUGAACUUCUGUUCCUCCCCGGCCCGGCAGGCGGCUCUCUCUAUGGCUGCCGUCCGCCCUGAGCCCAAGCCGCUGCCCAGGGAGAGGUACCGCGUGGUGGUCUCCUACCCACCCCAGAGUGAGGCGGAGAUUGAACUGAGGGAGGGCGACGUGGUCUUUGUGCACCGCAAGCGCGAGGAUGGCUGGUACGAGGGUACCCUGCAGCGAAAUGGACGCACAGGGCUCUUUCCAGGCAGCUUUGUGGAGAGCUUCUGAGAUGGCCGGCAUCUGGCAGGGAUGGCUGGGCAGCAGGCUGCGCCAUGGGUGUGUGCCUCUUCCUGAUGCCAUCGCUCUCCACUACCCAGAGGGAGAGGUGGUGGGAACCUGGCAGUGUCGCCGUUGCUGUGGCCGGUGUGGUGGGAGCCACAGGAAGCAGCAAGUCCAGCUCUGCAGGGCAGAGCAUCUGGAGGAGGGUCCUGCUUGGCCAUCCUGCCGGCAUACCUCAGCCACUGCCACCAGGCCACAUGGUUGCACACGCCUCCCCAGCCACCCCAGUGCUGCAUCCUGCUGUCUGUGGUACCCGGCUUCACCGUCGUCAUCUGUGCUGCCUCUUUCUUACACCAUUUUCUAAUGUGCAGGUUGACUUUGUUUCUUGUGGGUCAGACAUCCUCUGUUUCACAUAUCUGGUGCUGCCUUUUGUAAAACUUGUAAUGACCUGGGUGAGCUUGAAAGAAGCAAUGUCCAAGGUGACGUCUAAGGCAGGUUUUGCAUUCGCCAUCUGAGUCUCGGGCAUUUGGAUGCCCCUCCUUAACGCCAGGUGGGGCCAGUGCUCCGGAGGUGAGUGGUGGGCAGUCAGGGAGUUGAGGGCUGGGAGGGCAGCAGUUGCUCUCCUCACCCUGGCCACAGUCCAGCUCUGUGUAGAUGAAUGUCACUCAGGACAAGGACCAAGUGUGAGGGCUCCUCUGACCAGCUUUCUGCUGGCAGUGGGAAGAACACAGAGCUUGACCUAGUUCAGGCUGGCAGGAGCAUCCUUUUAUUCCCAGAGAGGACAGCUGUCAUUAGCCUUCUCAACAUGUGGGUUCUUGCCAUCAAAAUGUGCAGUUUUCACCACAGUUCAGAUCACCACCUUGCAUAUUUUUUUCUUCUUUUUAAGAAAUAAA